AUGCACUCUGCAUCGACAAGCGCUCGCGCUCGCUGCCACAUCACCGUCCCGGAGAUUCCGUUACAGGGAUGGGAAAACACAUCAAGGCCACCUCAAGGGACCUUGAGAACGCCACCAUCACAAAUACGGGACCUCAAGAAGUUGGCCAACAUAGGACUGACAGGAACUCACACGUCUGGCCCUGGGAUAGGGUAA